AUGGAACAGCACACUGCACGGAGAGGCUCCAGCGAGCACUUGAGCCGUUCUCGGGGCGUGCGAGCAACAGCACGCAACGCUACGUCCAUAAAUGGAAACGAGGGUUUUUAUGCAGCUACUUGGAACGUCGUCGUGGUGUGCAAGCGGGUGCCAGUGCCGUGUGCAUCAGCUUUGAGCAACUUAUGUUGGAUUUCACAGCCGCGGCUUUGGAUUCAAAGCCACAGCAGCAAUCGCGGCUUUGGCGCGUCCGUUUGCACCCAACCAACGGGCGAGAAUCGACAUGUGCGCUCGAGUACGCAUCCCAUGGACUACUGGCUUCGUACUAGGACACAUUGCCGCCAGACUCGGAGGCGUUCCCGCAAUCGCGCUCGUUUUCGCGUAGGCGCUGAACCUUUAGCAACCCCAACUCCAAAUCGUCAAACUACUCUGUACGGGAGAUGUGGAUGGCAGUGGGCGCAUGGGAGCUUCCAGCGCGUUCGAGCUACAAAAUUCCAGACCCUGGGCGAGAGCACCUGCCGUUUGGUGCUGGCAACUGACGGCGAUGGACGACCAAAACGAUCGCCCUGCCAUUGGCAACGAAUGCGAAUGCUCGGAGAGCCCGCUUCGAAAGGAUGCACAGCCGCUGAAACUAGCAGAAUGGGAAGCUUGAUGCGGCACUCGCUGACAAACUUGCGGCUCGAUGUUCCCAGCCUUGUCGAUACUGGUGUGCGCUGGGCAUGCGCGCUGGUGAUAUCCGCCGGUGUCACCCUCUGUGGUGUCCAUCCGGAUAGCGUGGCUGUUGGUCGCGCGUCUGCAGCAGAAGGCGCUUCCGACUCCAUUGCAGACUUUGCACGAACUGUUGGUGCUGCCCAGCCACGAACCAGCAUCGAUCGAUUUGGGAACCCGCUGCUCCGUCGAUACGUUUCAACGGAUGGAGCGGCAGUUUUGCGGUGGUCGCUCCCGUUGCCAGAAGACUCCCCUUUUUGGGAGAUUCAACGCCAGCUAGAACAGGUGGACGUCGAAUUGAGCUUACGCGGAAGCUUCCGCCGCGGUCUGCGUGAGGCGCUGAAGAGUGCUCGCCAGGCGCUCGCUGCUCUGCAACGAGAGCGUCUCGAUAUUCUGCUCGAUGUUGGCCGUGAACAAGUUGUCGUUGACACCCUCCGAAGAACGGAGCAGGAAAUCACCCAUCUUGUCGAGUCUCUGGAGCAACUAAACGCGUUGGGCCCGGGCUCAACGCAGCCGACGAUACGCAGCGUGGCGGCAGCCGUGCGAGCGGAAGCAUCCGCGUCCCGCUCGGGGGCCUUGGCGGAGCUCGCUCGCCUCGAGGAGGCCAGCAUACGCCGUGUGCCUUUUCGCAUUCCUCGUCGAUACGAUGACGAGGCGCGGCUGCGAGGCCGAGCGCUGGUACGACUCUACCUGGAAGCGCCGAAGACGACCGCCGGCGCUCGCCCAGCCCGCAGCGAUACGGGGCAAACGCGCGGAACACCUGCACCUUGUGUGCUGCAGGUCGUGGUAGACGGCUGGAACGCCCCGCUCACAUCCGGCAACUUUGUUCGGCGAGUGCUUGCCCAUGAAUACGACGGCAUGCCGCUCAUCGCGGAAGAGCAGGGCUCCUUCGUUUUCUUCAGCGAAGCCGCGAACGACGGCAAGCCUGCUGACACCGAGCAUCUGCUUCCGCUGGAGAUCCUGCUCGAGGGCGAGCCCGCUCCCCUGUACGGCGAGUCGAUCGAUACGGCUAUGGUGGCAACCCAGCGGCAGCCGCCGGUGCUGCCAGUUGGCCCUUUCGGAACCCUGGCAAUGGCACAUUCCACCGAAGAUGUCAACGAUGCGCAGCGCGCUUUCUACAUCUUUACUUUUGAUAAGCGAUCGCUGGCUGCGAAUAAUCCCACCGGCAACGCCUUUACUGGCACCGUAGCAGUUUUCGGGUACCUUCCGGAUGCAUCUUCAUUACAGUGCCUCGCAAAUUUGCAUCCAGGGUAUCGGAUUCGAACAGCUGAACUGGUGUACGGCAGGGAACGUUAUUUUGGCAAUGCUGCCGAGGAAGCGCGAGUGCUUGGCCCAGCGGGUAGCUUUCCAGAUGAAAUGCGUUUGGCGCUUCUGGAGCGUCGGCAACCUGAAACCUAA